AUGACAUACGCCUUUCAAACGCCUGAUAAACUCUGCUUUAUACUGGACCUGAUGAAUGGCGGCGACCUUCACUACCAUCUCUCCCAGCAUGGCGUGUUUAGCGAGCCAGAAAUGCUGUUCUACGCUUCAGAAGUGAUCCUUUGGAUUGGGAACACUAUGCAUUAA